AUGGACCUGAGGGUAACAAGCCUUCUCCUUGCCCUCCUCGCUUUGGCUGAGGCAACCCCUGAGAGGUACUACCAUGUACCAAAAGUAAGCAAGAAUCCCUACCCCAUCAAGAGUCAGGCCAUUGCAGGAGAGCAAGGUCCACCAGGACCUCCAGGUGAACCAGGACCAAUGGGCCCAACUGGACCUCCUGGAAAGAGUGGUAUAGGAUAUACUGGACCACAAGGCCCAGCAGGACCUCCCGGACCCCCUGGCUACUCUCAAGCAGGUAAACCUGGUAUCCCAGGUGGCCCUGGAAAACCAGGUACCCCCGGUAUCCCUGGUGAGAGAGGUGCACAUGGCCUAACUGGAGCAAUGGGUCCCAGAGGUGCACCUGGUACACCUGGAAUACCUGGACCUGCUGGACUUUCUUCUGUUGGAAAACCUGGACCAAGUGGCAUUCCUGGAGCAAUGGGACCAAGAGGAGAGCCUGGCCUGAAGGGACAUCCUGGUAUUCCUGGUCUUCCUGGCCCCAAAGGAGAGAGAGGUAUUGGAGUUCCUGGGGUUCAAGGACCACCAGGCGCAGUUGGACCAAUGGGUCCAUCUGGUAUGCCUGGCAAACCUGGAGUUGGUAAACCUGGUGCCCCUGGCUAUCCUGGGGAACCAGGCAAGUCUGGCACGCCAGGAAGAGAUGGUGCUCCUGGGCCAAUGGGUAUGACAGGGCCAAAGGGUUACACUGGGGCUCCAGGCACAGGAGCACCUGGAAAACCAGGCCAGAAUGGUACCCCAGGUUCGCCUGGACCUAUGGGGCUCAAAGGUCCACAAGGUCCUGCUGGUCAGCCAGGCUCCCCUGGCAUGCCAGGUGUUGGCAAAACGGGUGAACCUGGAAUACCAGGCAGCAGAGGAGCCCCUGGUACUCCAGGAACCACUGGUCAGAAAGGAGAGCCAGGCCCAACUGGGUUUACUGGUCUACCAGGUGCUCCUGGUCCUAUGGGCUCUGCAGGUCCACAGGGUGGAAGAGGAUUCCAGGGUGAGGCAGGCCCAGCAGGACCCAAAGGCGAUACUGGUAUGAUGGGUGCACCAGGCCCAAGGGGAACCAAAGGUGACCAGGGAGCUCAGGGUUUCACCGGAAAACCAGGUGUCCCUGGGGCAGUAGGUGCUCCAGGUAAUCCAGGUCAUAAUGGUCCUCAGGGUCCAAAGGGUGUACAAGGCCAUACUGGUGCCCCAGGACUCCCAGGUGCAAAUGGCGCUCCAGGACCAAAAGGAUACACAGGUCCCCCAGGAGCACCUGGAAAAAGUGGUGAGAACGGAAGGCCAGGACCCAUGGGACCAGUUGGGUCCCCUGGUCAAACAGGUCACGCAGGAGUUAAGGGCCAUCCAGGUCUUCCAGGCCCACCUGGCCCAGCUGGCUUAACAGCCAAGGGCAGUGCUGGUCCUCCUGGUCCACCUGGAAUUCCAGGUGCGAGAGGUCAAGAUGGUUUCCCAGGCCCUGCCGGCCCUCCUGGUCCACCUGGCCCACCAGGAGAGGUGAUCUAUCACCAUGAGAAGAGCAUGCCAAUCAAGUCCCACGAGGUUGUGAUGUCUCAUGAGAUGAUGAAGGCCCCCAUGUCUGCCUUCAGUGCUGUGCUGACCAGGGCCUACCCCGCAGCUGCAACACCUGUUCAGUUCAACCAGGUUCUGUACAAUGGGGAGCACCAUUAUGACGUCCAUACUGGCGUGUUUACCUGCCAGAUCCCAGGAAUCUACUAUUUCAGCUAUCAUAUUCAUGUGAAUGGUGCCAAUGCAUUGGUGGCCCUCUACAAAAACGAUGAGCCAGUUGUUUUCACCUAUGAUGAGUACAACAAGGGCUUCCUGGAUCAGAUGUCAGGCAGUGCUGUUCUAAUGCUGCAUGCUGAUGACAGAGUCUAUGUCCAGGUCCCUGAUGAGGAGAGUAAUGGUAUAUUUGCAGCAGAUAAUGUUCACUGCGCUUUCUCUGGGUUCCUGAUUGCCUCAACGUGA